CACCCUUCGCUUCAAGGACUCGUAUGACAGUAUUUUUCAGUUCUCUGUGUUUUCAGUCUGUAAAAAAAUCAAUCAUUAAAAUUAAGCCUUACAAUAUACAGGAACGUCAGUGCAUGAAAAUGUCUUUUAGCAAUAAGAAGUUGGAAGAGGAUGCGAGUGGCAGUCACAAAAGGAGCAAAAAGAAGCAAAAGAAGGACGAUGCCUGGAGACCAGAAGGACCCAGGGACCCAUUUGCCGUGCUGGACUCUCUUCCUGAGAAGAAGCAGCAGGAGAUCCAGAGAGCCCUCCACCUCUUCUCCUUGGGCCCAAAUCUGCCAAAGACCCUGCAGCAGGCCAAAAAACACACAUACCAGUUCUGGGACACACAGCCUGUCCCCAAACUGGGUGACAGUAUUGUGACUCACGGUCCAAUAGUAGAGGGUGAAACCAGUGUGCGAAAGGAGCCCUACUCUCUGCCUCAAGGUUUCUCCUGGGACACUCUGGACCUGAGCAGCCCUAUGGUGAUGAGAGAGCUAUGCACUCUACUAAAUGAGAACUACAUGGAAGAGGAUGACAACACCAUCAGAUUUGACUUUUCUCUGGAGUAUCUGCAAUGGGCUUUACAACCUCCUAACUGGCUGGCCCAGUGGCACUGUGGUGUGCGAGUAGACACCAAUAACAAGCUCGUCGGCUUCAUUGCUGCUGUUCCUGCAGAUGUUCGCGUAUAUGAGACUGUGUUCUGCAGGGAGAAGCGGAUGGUUCAGGUUAAAUUCCUGUGUGUUCACAAGAAGCUGCGCCUCAAGCGGAUGACUCCAGUUCUGAUCCGAGAGCUCACCAGACGGGUCAACCAACAGGGCCUCUACCAGGCUGUCUACACAGCUGGCAUAGUGCUGCCCACGCCACUAAGCUCCUGCAGGUACUGGCACCGUCCUCUGAAUACCCGAAAGCUGACAGAGGUGGGCUUCCCAGGGCUGAGACAGAACAUGAUGAACCUGCAGAGAGCUCUGAAAUUCAACCGUCUGCCUGAGGUGACAAAGACAUCAGGUCUGCGCCCUAUGACUAAAGAAGACACCGUGGGGAUACAGUCUCUACUCCAGGCGAACCUCCGCAGGUUUCACCUCAGCCCCAUCUUGUCUUUGCAGGAUGUUGAGCACUGGCUGUUGCCGAGGGAGAAUGUGAUUGACAGCUAUGUUGUGGAGAGUGAUGAUGGGACUCUGACAGGCGUGGUGAGUUUCUACAGCGUCUCCUCCAGGGUGCUGAAUCACCCGGUCCACACUGGCCUGAGAGCGGCUCAUCUCCUUUACAUUGCCUCUACUGCCACUGACCCAGUCAACCUCAUGGAGGACAUGUUGGUCCUGGCUAAAUCUAAAGGUUUUGACAUCUUCUCUGCUCUCGACGUGAUGGAUAACAAGAGUUUCCUGGAGAAGCUCAAGUUCAGCAUCAGUGACACGAGCCUUCAUUAUUACCUGUACAACUGGAUGUGUCCUGAUGUGAGCCCAGACAAGGUGGGCUUGGUGAUACCCAACUAACCUGCCAGUGAAAGAAGACAUAGCGGUGAAGAUGAAAGGACUGGAGUGAUUGGCAGGACAUCAAACUGCAUCACCAGCACCAAUUUGGGUUUAAAAUAUAAACUGACAAACUGUUAAACACACACAGAGACACACACAUAGGCUACACACUCACAAAUCAAUGAAAGAAAUAAAGAUAAAUCUUCCAUUUGUAAAUAUA